CCGCCGCGUCAUCACGCACGGACUUUUCGGGAGAGCAGGAAACUGGAGGAGCAGCGGGAGCGGGGCGAGUUAUAAAGGCCGACAAAAAGCGGGGAUUCCGGCUCCGUUCGCGGGAUUUACCGGCCUGAAGUCGGGGCGAGACCCGGGCGGAGGGGGAAAGUGAGGUUUGGGGUGUGUAACCGGCGUCUUUGUGCGUUUUUUUGACGCUUUUCGGACCCCCUCCUUCAGCUGCGGCUCUGCUAUUCUCCUGGAAAUCUGAGGAGGAGGAGGAGGAUGGCGGCUCGGAUCAGCACCAGCUAAACAACUAACCCAGCUAACUCCAGUGGAGGAUUUAAACCUGCUUUUUACAUGUUUUCCAUGGAUUUUACUGCCUUAAACUCCAGUUUGGACGCCCAGAAGUGGAGUAGGAGCACUUUUACACAGCCUUGUUAAGCCUUGUGUUCGGAUCUGACCUCAGUUCUAAACUAAGUUAAUUCCGUUUAAUUCACUUUAAAUGAAGAUAAAACGCGUGGAAAUGAUUUUAGACUGUAGAUAGUAUCAUUGCUGUGUUUAUACCCGAGUUUUAGGCACACAGAUGCCCUUCUCUGGAAGUAAAUGAAGAGAAAAAUGCCUCAGACUGACUGAGACCACUGGAACUAUUGCUGCUGCUGCCGCUGCCCAACAAACUGACUGACUUUGCUGGAUUUGCUGUGUGAAUCCAGCCUGGAUACAGUGCUUAAAUGCUUUAAUGAUUUAUUAAUCAUUAAAACUCCUCAAAAGCUCCUGAUCUAAGUUAUUAGAUCGGAUUUAAUCAAUCAGACAGGCAUCAGAUACAGACCCACACCAGAUCUGCAAAGAUGAUGUGUGAAGUGAUGCCCACCAUUAGUGAGGCGGAGGUGGGGAGUAACGGGGGCGGCCGGGGGUCCGGAUCACCCCUGCAGUCGGACUCUGAAGGACACUUUGAGUCUCUGAUGGUGUCGAUGCUGGAGGAGCGGGACCGGCUGCUGGACACUUUAAGAGAAACUCAGGAGAACCUGGGGCUGACGCAGGGCAAACUGCACGAGGUCAGCCAUGAGCGAGACUCGCUCCAGAGACAGCUAAACUCCGCCCUCCCGCAGGAGUUCGCUGCGCUGACUAAGGAGGUGAAUAUGUGUAGAGAGCAGCUCCUGGAGAGAGAGGAGGAGAUCGCUGAGCUGAAGGCCGAGAGGAACAACACGCGGCUUCUGCUGGAACACCUGGAGUGUUUAGUGUCUCGUCAUGAGCGCUCUCUGAGGAUGACUGUGGUGAAGCGUCAGGCCCAGUCCCCGGCUGGAGUGUCCAGUGAGGUGGAGGUCUUGAAGGCCCUGAAGUCUCUAUUUGAGCACCAUAAAGCUCUGGACGAGAAGGUGAGGGAGAGGUUGCGUGUUGCUCUAGAGAGAUGCAGUGCACUGGAAGAACAACUAACAGUCUCUCAUAAAGAGAUGGCUAUCCUCCGAGAUCAGACCAAUCAGAAGAAAAUGCUCAUAGACGGCCAGACAGAAAUCAACCACAACUCCGAGAGCACACCAAGCACCAACGGCAAGCGCUCAUCGGAUGGCUCUCUGGGGCCGGAUGAGGACGUAGGGAAGGUGGUGGAGCUUCAGGAGGUGAUGGACCGCCAGAGUAAAGAGCUGCUGCAGAUGAAGGAGCGCGUUGUUUCCCUUAGCAACAGAGUCAGCGAGCUGGAGGAGGACCUGGACACGGCCCGCAAAGACCUCAUCAAAUCAGAGGACAUGAACACUCGCAUGCAGAGGGAUCUGAGAGAGUCUAUUGCACAGAAGGAGGAUAUGGAGGAGAGGAUCACCACGCUGGAGAAACGCUACCUGGCAGCUCAGAGAGAGGCCACGUCUGUUCACGACCUGAACGAUAAACUGGAGAACGAACUCGCCAACAAAGAGUCGCUCUUCCGCCAGACGGAAGAUAAGAACCGGCAGCUUCAGGAAAGGCUGGAACUGGCUGAUCAGAAGCUCCAGCAGACCAUCCGCAAAGCCGAGACGCUCCCAGAGGUGGAGGCGGAGCUCGCUCAGAGAGUCGCCGCCCUCACUAAGGCUGAGGAGCGGCACGGUAACGUGGAGGAACGUCUGCGGCAGAUGGAAGCUCAGCUGGAGGAGAAGAACCAGGAGCUGCUCAGGGCACGUCAGCGGGAGAAGAUGAACGAGGAGCACAACAAGCGUCUGUCUGACACAGUGGACAAACUUCUGUCUGAGUCCAACGAGAGGCUACAACUCCACCUGAAGGAGAGGAUGGCGGCACUAGAGGACAAGAACGCUCUAAUCCGUGAGCUGGAGCACACAAAGAAGCUGAUAGAGGACGCUCACCAUGAUAAAGAGCAGCUCCUGAUCCAGAUCGAGACGAUGCGCUCUGAGAGUGAGCAGGACCGCAGCAGGAGUAACUCCAUUCUACAUCAGGGACGGUCUCAUAUGGGCAGCACUCCAGACUUCAGGUACCCAGUAUCUGCGUCCUCCAUGAUGGACAGCCAUUCUGACCAUUACAGCAGUGCCCUGGUGCUGAGACGACCCCAGAAGGGCCGGGCUGCUGCUCUAAGAGACGAACCCUCAAAGGUGCAGACUCUGAACGAGCAGGAGUGGGAGCGGGUCCAGCAGGCCAACGUUCUGGCCAAAGUCGCGUACGCGUUCGAGAGCGACGUGGACCUGUCCGACAUGGAGGACGAUCGAGAGACCAUCUUCAGCUCGGUGGACCUGCUGUCCCCUGCUGGACAGGCAGAUGCACAAACACUCGCACUGAUGCUGCAGGAACAGCUGGACGCCAUCAACAACGAAAUCAGGAUGAUUCAGGAGGAGAAGGAGAGCACGGCAAUGCGGGCGGAGGAGAUUGAGUCCAGGGUGGGCAGUGGUGAGAGUCUCGGUGGUCGUUUCCGCUCUAUGGGCUCCAUCCCUCCCUCUUUCCACGGAUCCUCACACUCGGGCUCCUCUCCUCCAGGAUCAGGCCACUCCACCCCUCGCAGAGCCCCACGCAGCCCCAACCGAGAGGCGGACCGCAUGGGGGUCAUGACCCUGCCUAGUGAUUUGCGGAAGCAUCGUAGGAAGCCCAUUCAAGAUGACAAGGCCACAAUCCAGUGCGAGACGUCCCCCCCGUCGACCCCCCGCUCCAUGCGUCUCAGUAAAGGACACGCAGCCAGUCAUGAAGACAUCAGAGACAUCAGGAGUAUUGCUGGACUGCAGGACGGUCAGGGCAGUAACCCCAGCAGCAGUAACAGCAGUCAGGACUCCCUUAAUAAAGCCGCCAAGAAGAAAAGCAUCAAGACUUCCAUCGGCCGUCUGUUCGGCAAGAAGGAGAAGGGCCGGCCGAACCCGUCGGGCAAAGAUUCGCCCAGCCAAGCCGGCACGCCAGAGGGAGAUGGUUCACAGGAUGCCAUGGUGCUCAGCAAGCUGGGAGGACCCGGAGAGAAGAACAGGAAACUGCAGAAGAAGCACGAGUUGUUGGAGGAGGCCCGCAGGCAGGGGCUGCCCUUCGCCCAGUGGGAUGGACCGACUGUGGUGGUCUGGCUGGAGCUGUGGGUGGGGAUGCCAGCGUGGUAUGUGGCAGCCUGCCGUGCCAAUGUGAAGAGCGGCGCCAUCAUGUCCGCGCUCUCGGACACAGAGAUCCAGAGAGAAAUCGGAAUCAGUAACCCGCUCCACCGCCUCAAACUGCGCCUCGCCAUCCAGGAGAUCAUGUCUCUGACCAGCCCCUCAGCCCCUCCCACCUCCAGAACGUCCACGGGGAACGUGUGGCUUACCCAUGAGGAGAUGGAGAGCCUGGCGGCCACCCCACCCACGGAGGAUGACGAGGGCAGCUGGGCCCAGACUCUGGCUUAUGGUGAUAUGAAUCACGAGUGGAUCGGUAAUGACUGGCUGCCCAGUCUGGGUCUGCCUCAGUACCGCAGCUACUUCAUGGAGUCUCUGGUAGACGCCCGCAUGCUGGAUCACCUGACCAAGAAGGACCUCCGCGGCCAGCUGAAGAUGGUGGACAGCUUUCACAGAAACAGUUUCCAGUGUGGUGUGAUGUGUCUGAGGAGGAUGAACUACGACAGGAAGGAGCUGGAGAAGAGACGCGAAGAGUCCCAGGUGGAGGUCAAAGAUGUGCUGGUGUGGAGUAAUGAGCGAGUUAUAAAGUGGGUGCAGUCAAUCGGGCUGAAGGAGUAUGCUAAUAACCUGGUGGAGAGCGGCGUGCACGGAGCACUGAUGUCCCUGGACGAGACGUUCGACCACAACGCCCUGGCUCUGCUGCUGCAGAUACCCACCCAGAGCACACAGGCGAGGGCAGUGCUGGAGAGAGAAUACAACAACCUGCUGUCCCUGGGAACAGAGAGGAAACUAGAAGAGGAUGAUGAUAAGAACUUCAGGCGGGCUCCCUCCUGGAGGAAGAAGUUUCGGCCCAAAGACGUGAGGGGCCUCGGCGUGGGCUCGGCCGACACGCUGCCCGCCAACUUCAGAGUGACCAACUCCUCCUCUCCAGCCCUGCAGCCAAAGAAACACCAGCUGGACGGGGGUGUGAGUGGAGUGCAGAGGCUGGACUCAGCUACGGUCAGGACCUACUCCUGCUAACCCAGCGCCAGGUUUAUGCUCAUUAUCUCUAUAGGUAAUGUCGUGGACAGCGAAGCGCCCUCUUCAGGACAGGAGCUGAGCCAGCAGCAAGGACUCUGAGAUAUUUCACCGAGGAGGAUUUAUCCACACCCCUAGAGGACAUAUUUUAGAUUUAUUGAUUAUUCUAUUUAUGUAAACCAAUGGGACAUUUCAUUUAUUUAGUUAUUUGUUGUUUAUGUAUCAUUUGUUUGCUCAUUUCUACCCCUCUCUCUCUCUCUCUUCUUUUUAUCUUUUUUGUGUUCAUCUUAUCAUGUUUAACUCUUAUCAGGUGUAACUGAAUGUAUUAUUACGAAUCUGAAGUUUGUACAUUUAUAUCUACAGGCAGUUAUCUAAUCUUUUUAUAAUAAUCCUCAUCUUGGAAUUGUUUCAUAUCUACGUUGGUUCAUUUUUCGACGGUAAAUUUUGAGCUUAAGUGACACUGAUGUGGUUUUAACUUAAUUUCGUCACUCUUUCUUUCCUGCUUUUGGGUUCUCGAGACGUGUUUCUGUGAUUUUUACGAUGACUGCGGUUGUAUUAUUUGAAUAUCAGAUUUGAAGCAGAUUUUAGAGCGAGUUAUCAACAGACUGUGUUGCGUCAGUGAUGGAUGGAUCCUUAUUUUCCCUUUUUUUUCUUCCUUCUCUCCUCUGAUACCAAAACACGAACUCUUCGAUAAGCCAUAAACGUAGCGAUGACGAGGGCUACUUUCGGAUGCAUCUUUUUCAGCAAAAAAGAAAACCCGGAGACUGGAUUUAUCUCUGCGGUUCCUCGAGUGCUGAACCUUUCCAUUCCUUUUCUCCUGCGCGUGGAGCGACGUGUGGAACGAGUGACUGUGUGUGUGUGUGAGUGUGUGUUCGGAUUUUCAGGUGUGUGUGUACGUAUGUGUUUUCUCCGCUGGACCAACCCCACUGUGGCCUACGCUCAAACUGCAGUGUCCGAGAGUGGCGCGAUUUUGAACCCCUCUGACUAAAACCCUGCUACUAAUCGAGCCUUAUUCCCUCUCUCCUCUGUCCUCCCUCUGUUUUUAUUUAUUCCCCACAUUUCUGUGUGAUUUCAGCCUCUUUUCUGUGAUUUUAGACAUUUGUUCUUAUCCUGAGUCAUAUCAGAAAUAAAGGCUGGACUGUGUUUUAACCUGGAGGCAAUGUGAUGGAAUCCUCCUGAACACCCGUUUUCCUUUUUCCUCAUUCUCUCUUCAUAUUCUGUGAUUUUUAGUCGAUUAUGCACAAGGUCUGAUCAUGUCCUGGAUUCCUCUGCAUUGUUUUUCUCUGUUUAAAAUCUCCUGAUCUUGUAACAGAAGUUCUGUACAGUCCAAGUACUUAUGAGCUAUUUUUUAUCACAGUAUUAUUUAUUGCUUCCUUUCAAUAAAAAAAUACUGAAACUUAUUUUCCACUGCCAAUAAAAAGACUAAGUCUUUGCGUUAAAAAAA